AUGACUAAGCAGUUUCCUGCACGCAGAACUGAAGGAUCAGUUUCCAACAGUAGAGCCAUGGGGCAGUUUGACCAAGUUGGUGGUGGCCCCUUUUACGACUCUAAAUUAACGUUGUUAGCCGGAAAGAAAAAAAAGACCGGUGCUUCUAAUUCUUUCAUUCAUGGGACAGAUGCAGGAGCCAUUGCCUUUAACUUUACUCCCCAGAUCAAUAUGACGGCGAUAGGAGAUGCUUCCAUUUCUCAUAACGAGAUUCGGCUCACCAAGACUCAACUAAACUCUAGCCUGAACUCGAGCCUUGGAUGGGCCUCUGAUAAAAGAGCGAAUGGGGAUGGACUCGCUUUCUUUCUCGCAAAUUCUGGAUUGAACCCUAGUCCGGGAGAAUAUCUUGGCCUCUUUACAAACACAACAAAUGGAAAUACAUCGAAUCAGAUUGUGGCCGUGAAGUUUGUCACAUCCAAGAAAACUGAUAUCGAUUCCAGUGAUGAAAUCGAUUUGGGAAUUGAUGUCAACAGAAUAAAAUCCAAGAAAAAUGUCUCAUUUUAUGGUCUUUCCGGCAAUAGAGGAAAAUGGGACGCAUGGGUGGAUUACGAUGGCACUGUAAGUCUGCUUCAAGUGUUUCUUUCAUUUAAUCCUAAUGGCACUGAUGCUUCUAAACCAGAAAGUCCAAUCUCGUCGAAUUAUAUAAAUCUACGGCAGCAUCUUCCCCAGAACGUCAUAGUUGGCUUUUCGGCGUCCACUGGGAAUGGGCACGCAGUUGAGCUUCACACAGCGCGCGUUUGGAAUUUUUCAUGUCAAUAUUCGUGGGAGAUUCGAGCCAGAGCCCCGGUUCCAGAAACGAGAUCCCCUGGCCCAGCUAACACGCGAAAAGAGAAUUCUUCUGCAAAGAUCAUAUUGAUAUCCGUUUUCCCCUGUUUCAUUGCCAUAUGUGUUUUUCUCUUUUUUGGAAUCAGGUGGUACAAUAGAACAAGAGAAAUUGGGAACAAAGGCGAAGAGAGCGAUGAAGAGUUCAACAGAUCGCUUCGCGAGGCAGCGCAAUCCGCUCUGGAGUUUUCUUACACCGAGCUCUGCGCCGCCACCAACAAUUUCAGCGAUGACAGAAGGAUUGGAGUCGGCGGCUUCGGAUUUGUUUACAGAGGCACUUUGCUUAGCACAAACGAAGCUGUGGCAAUUAAGAGAGUAUCUCCGUCGUCCAAGCAGGGGAAACGUGAGUACCUAACAGAGAUAUGCAUAAACAGUAAGUUUAAUCACCAUAAUCUCGUGAAGUUUCUUGGAUGGUCCCAUCGAAAGGACGACUUGCUUCUGGUUUACGAGUUACUCCCAAAUGGAAGUCUGGACAAGCAUAUUUUUGAAAAUCCGGAAACUCUACUGGAUUGGGAUCGAAGAUACCGCAUAGCCUGUGAUGUUGGUUCUGCUCUGGUUUAUCUAGAUGAGGAUCGCCAUGAGAGCGUUGUGCAUAGAGAUAUCAAAGCGAGCAAUGUGAUGCUGGAUUCAAAUCUAAAAGCGAAGCUGGGUGAUUUUGGCCUUGCCAGAAUGGUGGAACGCGAAAAAGUAGGACACGCGCCAGCGGGUACAAUUGGGUAUAUAGCGCCGGAGUUCGUAACAACAGGAAAGGCCACACGACAAAUAGACGCGUUCAGCUUCGGGGCCCUGAGUCUGGAAAGAGGAGCUGAUUUGCCUCAUGUUCCUCUCAACUUCCCUGUAGCUGUGUAUAGUGACCGUAUUUCUCUGGACGCCCUUUCAUCAUCAUCAUCCUCUUCGAGUUCAACAGAAGUGGGAGGGAGAAUGGAAAUCCCCACUUAUUUCUCUUGUUCAGAACCUCGUUCCGAUUCUGAUUAG